UGGUUAUUAAUAAGAACAACUGCAUUCAAGCAAUUGGUAUUCAAUUGAAAAAUACAAUAUAUCACACGUUGUUGAAAUGGCUAGUUCGACAACCCACAUUGUUGUGGGUUUGGGGAUUGUCAUGCUAAUGUUUAUAGCAUUGGCAGAGGCCACUCCCCCUGGAAUAGCUGAUCAUCCAAGCCAUUCUCAUUGCUCAGAUGAUGAGAUUAAGCAAUGUAAAAAUCUUCCUCAUGUUUGUCCCAAAUUCUGUCCAAAUGGCUGCAUAACGGAGUGUCGUUCUUGCAAGCCUAUUUGUGUUGAUGGCUCAGUGCCACCACCCCCUCCAGAUUCAUCAAAACUACCACCGCCAUCUCCUCCUAAGGAAGAAACUCCACCGUCAUCUCCUCCUAAGGAAGAAACUCCACCUCCAUCCCCUUCCAAGGGAGAAACUCCACCUCCAUCCCCUCCUAAGGAAGAAACUCCACCGUCAUCUCCUCCGAAGGAAGAAACUCCACCUCCAUCCCCUUCCCCUCCAAAGGGAGAAACUCCUCCUCCAUCCCCUCCCAAGGGAGAAACUCCUCCUCCAUCCCCUCCCAAGGAAGAAACUCCACCAUCAUCUCCUCCCAAGGAAGAAACUCCUCCUCCAUCUCCUCCCAAGGAAGAAACUCCUCCUCCAUCUCCUCUUAAGGAAUCAACUCCACCUCCUUCUCCUCCUAAGAAAUCAACUCCACCACCUUCAUUGCCACCCUCUUCUCCUCCUCCACAGAAGACACCGCCACCUCCAUCAUCUGGUUCUCCACCUCCUCCAGCUUAUCCAUCACCCAUUCCUAAACCACCCACACCUAAGAUGGUCAAGUGCAAGAACAAGUACUACCAUAGUUGUUAUGCUAACUUACAUGCAUGCCCUACUUCUUGCCCUGAGAGUUGUCAAGUUGAUUGUGUCUCUUGCAAACCCGUUUGUAAAUGUGACAAGCCUGGAGCAGUUUGUCAAGAUCCACGUUUUAUCGGUGGAGAUGGAAUUACCUUUUACUUCCAUGGCAAGAAGGACAAAGAUUUUUGCCUAGUUUCAGACUCUGGAUUCCACAUAAAUGCCCACUUCAUUGGAAGGAGAAACGAGAAUAUGAAGAGAGACUUUACUUGGGUACAAUCCAUUGGUAUCCUUUAUGGAACUCACAAAAUCUCAGUUGCUGCACUAAAAACAUCGAUAUGGGAUGAUUCCAUUGACCGCCUAGCUCUUUACUUCAACGACGAACCAAUAUUUCUUCCUGAAAGUGAAGGUGCGAGCUGGAAAUCUGAAACUGUUCGUAGAACCUCAAUUACAAGAAUCAGCAACACUAACGAGGUUGUCAUCAAUGUUGAAAAUAUUCUCACGAUCACAGCUAAGAUUGUGCCUAUUACAGAGCAUGAAUCGCGAGUUCACAACUAUGGCAUAACAAGUGAUGACUGCUUUGCUCAUCUUGAACUUGGGUUCAAGUUUGUAUCUUUGAGUGAUGAAGUGAAUGGUGUUUUAGGACAAACUUAUAGGAAGGACUAUGUGAGCAGAGUUAAGAUGGGUGUUUUGAUGCCAAUAAUGGGAGGUGAUGAAAAAUUUGCUGCUUCAGAACUCUUUAGCGCUGAUUGUUCAGUAGCUAGGUUUCAAGCAAAUGAAGAACAAACUGACAUUUUUAAGGCUCCAUUGAAUUUAGAGCUACCAAGUUUGAAUUGCAAUAGUGGGAUUCAUGGACGUGGAGUUGUCUGCAAGCGGUAG